AAAUUGAUAGUUUGCACUUGGCUUGGCGAAGUGCAAGUGCAAACUGGGAAAGCGGAAGAGAAAUUUAUAAUCAUGGAUAUGGAGAACAAGGGGAGCACAGUCACACUCGCUUUGGUCUGCAGACCCAGUCAGUCGCAAACUCAGAAAUGGAAACGUGUGCACCUUCCCGGCAGCAAAAUUGACUCCGCGUUCUUCGCAGCUUCGAGUUAAAAGCUGCGCUGGGAGAACUGUGCCUGCUGGAAAGUUUGGACACUGAACUACACCAGAGGCCAGACGUUAGGGGUUCCGCGGGCCCGGCGAUGUCUUCCAGAGCUUUUCAAGUGGGAAGAAAGGGGCGACAAAAUGAAAACGCAACGUGUGGGGGUAGCCAUCCGAGUCCCGCCAGCUGCCGGUCGCAGAGGUCCACGGUUGCUCCUAGCAUGACCACAGUCUGAUCAGCAGCCAGGAGCAUCUGACCCCCGUGUUGUGCGCGUCAGGGCUGGGGCCUGCUCACCGCCCACGCCGCCAGCGCUGCCAUGGCUGCUGCCUUUACGUCCAGCCCUGUCGCUUCACAGCCCCAGUUCACAGCCAUGAAUGAACCACAGUGCUUCUACAAUGAGUCCAUCGCCUUCUUUUAUAACCGGAGUGGAAAGUAUCUUGCCACAGAAUGGAACACAGUCAGCAAGCUGGUGAUGGGACUUGGAAUCACCGUCUGUAUUUUCAUCAUGUUGGCUAACCUCCUGGUCAUGGUGGCGAUCUAUGUCAACCGCCGCUUCCAUUUUCCUAUUUAUUACUUAAUGGCGAAUCUGGCUGCUGCGGACUUCUUUGCUGGGUUGGCCUACUUCUACCUAAUGUUCAACACAGGACCCAAUACUCGGAGACUGACUGUCAGCACGUGGCUCCUGCGACAGGGCCUCAUUGACACCAGCCUGACGGCUUCCGUGGCCAACCUACUGGCCAUCGCAAUUGAGAGGCACAUCACGGUUUUCCGGAUGCAGCUCCACACGCGGAUGAGCAAUCGGCGGGUGGUGGUGGUGAUUGUGGUCAUCUGGACCAUGGCCAUUGUUAUGGGGGCCAUACCCAGUGUGGGCUGGAACUGCAUCUGUGAUAUUGAAAAUUGUUCCAACAUGGCACCCCUCUACAGCGACUCUUACUUGGUCUUCUGGGCCAUUUUCAACUUGGUGACCUUUGUUGUCAUGGUGGUUCUGUAUGCUCAUAUCUUUGGCUAUGUUCGCCAGAGGACUAUGAGGAUGUCUCGGCAUAGUUCUGGACCCCGACGGAAUCGGGAUACCAUGAUGAGUCUUCUGAAGACCGUGGUCAUUGUGCUUGGUGCCUUUAUCAUCUGCUGGACUCCUGGACUGGUCUUGUUACUCCUCGACGUGUGCUGCCCGCAGUGUGACGUUCUGGCCUAUGAGAAGUUUUUCCUUCUGCUUGCCGAGUUCAACUCUGCCAUGAACCCCAUCAUCUACUCCUACCGCGACAAGGAGAUGAGCGCCACCUUCAGGCAGAUCCUGUGCUGCCAGCGCGGUGAGAACACCGGCGGCCCCGCCGAAGGCUCGGACCGCUCCGCCUCCUCCCUCAACCACACCAUCCUGGCUGGAGUUCACAGCAACGACCACUCCGUGGUUUAGGAGAGGAACUAAGAUGAGAGGCGGUCUCAUCCACUGAGGGAUGAACAGCCUCCCCCUCCCCACAGGCCAGGGCAGGGUGGGGUGUGAGAAAGAGGAAAAAUACCUUCGUGUACUUAAACACUAACCCGUGGCAGUAUUUGUUCCUUGACCCACCAAGACGUGACAUAUAUUGGAAAAUUAGCUUAUGUGAUACCCCUCAUCCUGCUCCCAUUCCUUUUGAAAGUAGAAAGUGGAGAUCUUGCAAUGGAAUUCAUACGCAGACUCUGGAGUGUCCAUGUACACUACACUAACUAGUCUUCAAAAGAUUUUGUAUGGUUUGGUGCAAGUCAGAAUAAAUUCUGACUAAUUGAAUCCACAACUUCAUUUACAUACAGGCUUCCCUUUUUUUCUUCUUAAAGGAUACAUUUCAUUUAAUAAACAUGUUUAUGCCUAUCAGCAUGCUUGUGAUGGAUAAGACUGUAGACUGUUUUAUAAAUGAUUUAUAACUCCAUUUUUUUCCUUAUGUUAGGAAAACUGUAAAUUAGAAUUACGUUUUUAGAAAGCAUGCAUGAAAAUGUAUGUAUGCAGUAUGCCAUACUUAAAAAGACAAAAGAGUGUUAAUUUUAAAUGUUCUAGGAAAUAGAAAAACCUAGAUGUCAAAGCCAGUAUUUGUUUAGGUUAUGAAACAAACAAUGAUCUAAUCACAUUACCUUUUUUAUUAAAGUGUUGUAACAUGUAUAAAACAGGAAAUGUAAGUUUAUUAUCAGAAGAAUAUGUACUCUAUAAAAGUUAUAGAAGAUGAGCACAGUGGUAUGGUCCCACAUAUUUAUAGUACCCAAGUACAUUCUAAUUAUCAGUUCAUCAGAGGAAUUUUUUAAUAACCUGUGUUUUCUGUAUUAUAAUACACAGUCAUUGUAGAAAACUUGAAAAAUACAGAAGUGUAUAAGACAGAAAAAAAAAUGAUAAUAUCACAACCCAGAAGUAACCACAGUUAACAGCUUUUCCCCCUGUGUAUGCUAUAUGUAUAUUGUAUACCUUUUUAUAUAAUUGCAGUCAUACUGUAAAUAAUUUUACAACUAGUUUGUUUUUUUCCACUGCAGAAUUGCCACAUUUUCCUACGGCAUUAAAAAUUUUACAAAAACAUGACUUUAAUGGCUAUAUAAUAUUCCAUUUAAUGGAUGCAACUCAAUUUAACCAUUCCUGUAUUGUUGGUUAUGUCUAAUUUUCACUAUUAUAAAUAAUGUUGCAAAAAUUUAUGUACAUAAAACUUUGUCCAUAUAAUUAUUUACUUAGGAUACAUUCCCGUGAAGGAUUUUUUUUUUUAAAAUGUGAAAUGUCUUUUUAUGCUCUUACCUUUUAUAAAAGGAGAUUUCCUACUUUUGCCCUGUGUGGGUGGCAACAGUGAGGAAAGCCAGUUAAAUUACCUUUUUACAAAGGAAGUGCAGUGGUUGCUUUAGUUGAGAGUGACUUUUUUUAUAUAACAAAAUGGACUAGAAACAAUCUGUUGUCACAAACAGCCAGAAUACCCUACUUAAUAUGUUUAGCAAUUCCAGAUUUCAUUUGCGCAACAAUGACCCAGCUCUUGGUAACCACAACUUUAAUGUAGAAUUGAAGAAAAUGCAAAGAAGUCGAACAUGCCGAAUGAAUAAAGGAUCACCUUCAUGUUAAACAGCUUCUGUAGCAAAAGGGUUGAGUGUGUCCGUAGGUGACCAGAUGCUUACUGUGUGUUCUUUAGGGCCACCCCCACAGAUGCCACCAUGUUAGGUGAUGCCUAUUUAACGGUCCAGGUAAACUAAUUAUUGCAUCAGUUGGUAGUAAUAUGUAACCAGUAAAGUCACAGUCAUGAAGCAGGUGUGGGAAAGUUAGGAGUAUGUUUGAGAGAGAGAUGUCCAGGAGAAGAAUGUCUGUUUAGGAAGGAGGAAGUCAGCGUCUGGUCACCAUUUGAGCAGAGGGCACACUUAACAAGUGCCCAAACCAGGAGGAGGAUGGGGAAGCAGUUAGCAGAAAGGUGUCUGCACAGGUUUUAUGCAAAAUACAGAGCAGUUUAUAGAGGAAGGAAAGAAAUGAACUUGGACUUUUAUUCACGCACACUUACUCUGAAGAUGUGGACUAUUUGAAAUUUAAAAACAUGCUACGUGGACUUUAAUAAAUCAUUCUGAAUCAGUGUUUGGCAACGUAUGGUUCUGGUCAGCGCUUGUUCUCUUGUUCAAGAGUCAUCUUUGCACUGCAUGGUGUCUGCCUUCUGUGACCUCUUUCUGUUCCUGCCACAGGGUUCUGAACUCAGAGGGGAACCCACCAUAUGCUUCCCCAGCUCAGAAUUGCUGUUUUUUUCAGAGUCAUUAGUCUCUUCAGUGUCCGAGAGGUGGUGGUUUAUGUUGUCUGAAAGGAGAGAUAACAUCUUAGGAUAAUACUUCAUCUCAGCAGUGUAACUAUGUGAGUGAGUUUCUUUUGGAAAAACUAAUUUUAUAAAACCUUUAUGAUGUCUUUAUGGUAAACUCUCACCAGGAGUUUAUAAACUUAUGGUUAUCUUUAUGUUUUUAAUAACUAGGAAGAUAAAAGUGAUAGGUACCUCCCAGUUAUAUGCUAAUUAUAUUCUUUUCCAUAUAUUGCUAAGAUGGGGGAAAAUAACAAGGUGUUUAUUCAAAUGAAUGUCUCAGUGAGUAUUUGAAAUAGGAUUCUGAACUUUUAACCUUAGGUAUUUGUAAGACUGUUAGAAAUCAAAUGCCUCAAAACUCUUAUUCAAAAAUUAACCAUGUUUUGUUGCUGUUUUUUUUUUCCCCAGUGAAAACAUAAUUUCCUGGAUUCGAAACCUCAACUAACAUUAUACAAUUAGUGAGUCUUAUUGGUUUUCUCAUGUUCUUUCCCAGUUAACUAUUGCUUUAUGUUCCAUUGUUCAUCAUCUUUCUCACUUAUUCCAUGAGUCUCUCAACUUCUAAAACAGAAUUUUGUGAUAUUGUUUCCAGCCUUUCUUCUUAAACCCAGAGUGUGACUUGUGCUAGAUAAAAAACAUAGAAAUACUUUAUCAGGUCCCUUCAUUAUUACAAGACCUUUGGAAACAAAUUGCUUAUUUUUUUAACACAAAGUGAGUUGUACCUGAUCCCAAAUGGCUCAGAGGCUUGGGGUUGUUUCUUUGUGUUGGGAUGGACUUGAACUUAGGCACCAUCUGACAGAAGAAAUGUGUGUAACGAAGAGCCAAAGCAAGUCAUCAGUCUUCCACAGCAGGGAUCCGUUAGUCUGUAACAUUCGUCUGUACAUUGUGUAGUCUAAAUAAAAGCUAUCUGAUUCUUUGA